AGCAGAAAUGGCAGAGGAAAAUGGCGCAUCACGGCCACCGCAAGCCGAUUCGCCCGGUCUGGCGUCGGUCACGCAGCCCUACAGGCAUUCUCCUAAAACGCUCCGCAAACUGAACGCUCCUGACUCGCUCAAAUACUCUCAGGAACAGCUGUCCUGCUGGCUGGAGGAGAUGGAGAAGGAGAGCAAAAGCACAGAAGCUCACAUCGCAUCUCUAAAGAAGCGCCAAGACAACCUGACUGCUUGCGCAGAGACGAUGGAGCAACAAGUGCAUGAGCGGUUCGAGGCCAUGCGUCUGGCCCUGGAGAAGGAAGAACAGAUGGUCCUGGGUGCCCUGGAGCAAGAGCACAGGGAGAGCAGCAGCAAAAUUACGCGUCUCCUGCAGGACUGGAACCAGCACCUGAAAACUGUGCGCAAGCACAUGAGCGCCAUCAGGACGCUGCAGGAGAGGGGAGUCGAGAGCCAGCAGCAGGUCUCUCAUGUGGAUUUCAGUUGCCAUAAGAAGCAGGACGCAGCAGAACUGGGCAUCAAGCUAAAUGAAGAAAAGUUCCAGAAGCUCAUGAAAGUUUUGGGGAAGAUCUCAAAAGAUUUGCAAGUCCAACUACAGAAAAAAAACUUGCUGUUGGACUCCACUGCGGUGAUGAUUGACAGGACAGCCUGCCACAAACAGAUCAAAGCGAAUGCGAGUGGGCGGGGCUUUCACGUCUCCCCUGACGACGGCUCGGCUCCUAGCCAGCCUCUGCAGUUCGAUCAGAUCUGCUGUGCCCUGGGCUUGCCUGCGAUAACCUCGGGUCAGCGUUACUGGGAAGUGGAUGUUCACUGCUGCACUUCCUGGGCUGUGGGCGUGGCUUACGGCAGCCUGCACAGGAAAGGGCAGGAGAAGAGUGCAAAACUGGGCAGGAACAGACUCUCGUGGUGUGUGGAGUUUCGGGACGGGCAUCUUUCGGCAUGGCACAACGACCGCCACGUGGCCUUAUCCGCUCGGGCGGUGCCAGAUACGGUGGGGGUGUUGGUGAACUUUCAGAAGGGUCGCGUUGCAUUCUACGACGCGGACGCCAUGAAGAUGCUGCAGGAUUUCUCGGCGAGCUGCACGACCGUGUUCGAGAGGGCGCAUCACCAGUUCACCGAGCCGCUGUUUCCUGCUUUUCGCUUUUUCAAAGCCAGAGAUCGACAGCCUGUUCCUGAUCAUAUGAAGAUCUGUGACCUCUGGCUCUAACUCUCUAGUCUGCAGGAAUACCCAAACGCAGAUAGACCGGUUCUUUCUUGCCCCAAUUUAUCAUAAUUUUUUUUCACCUGAAGUCUAAAUGAUGCGGUGCUACAUUAUAAUGCCGAAAAAAAAAAUUAUAAUUAGCAUUGCACUUUUUCCAAGUGAAUGUGUUUUAAUUUACAUCCACGCUUUAAUGAUGACUUAACCAAAUAAAAAUGGUAUUUAAAUUAUAUGAAUAGUAAUUACAGUGGAACCUCAGCAUAAGAAUGCCCUCCCUUACGAGUUUUUGUCUUAAGAAUAAAAAAAAAUUCAAGAAAUUCACUUUGGCAUACAAAGCAUUUUUGACAAAUAAGCAAACAAACAAACCAAACCAAAAAGUUGCACGCGUGUCCGAGAGCCGUUUCAAAACUUGUCUGCGUCAGUGAAAAGCCUAGUGAAGCAAGUUCACAAUUUUUUCCCAGUCAACAAAAGAUGUUUUUAAAGCGUCAACUCAUCAUACCAACGUUGCCUUCGGCAUCCGUUUAAAAGCUACUUGAUUUUUCGCGCAUUUUUCUUUUUUUUGUAGUAUUGGUUAUAUUUUGGGGGUCUGGAAAUUUCAUAUCGGAAAAAAAACAUUUUCGCCUCAAGAUCAAAAUAAAUUUGUAUGCCAAGAUUCCACUGUAUUAAACAAAACCAAAAAGUAAUACACCUACGUUACAUGGGUGUCAAAAACAAAAAACAAUCUUGCUCGGUUGAUCAUGUGAUUUACAAAUAAACAAACACAUAAUAAACAGGACAGGUAAUUUUUAAUGCUAUUCUAGGCCCAGAUUUAUGAUAUGAAUAGUAAUUACAGUAAUUACUUCUAAACAU